AUGAACGCGGCGGCAGAGGGCGACAAGGCCCUGGCCAACUCUGACUGUCCCACUGCGAUUCGGUACUUCACCCAAGCCCUGACGGAGCUUCCCCGCGCCCCAGCCUACUAUAUCAAGAGGUCCACUGCCUUUUCGCGGCUUAAGGCCGCAGACGGAGGACCCAACUUCCACGCUGCGCUUCUAGAUGCUGAAAUCGCGCUUACGCUUGCCCGAGAACGAGCGAAACGCGAGCUUAUACUGUCUGCGCAAAUGAGACGCGGCAUCGUCCUGUAUCAGCUUGAGCGAUACGGCGACGCAGCCUUCGUGUUCAGCACCCUCCAGGAUAAGAUUGGCACAAGUACAGAAGGUCAAGAUAGAUCGGAGAAAGUGAAGGAUGCAAUGGCUGGUGGUGCUACACGUUCCUCUGCCAAGAAAGGCUAUGAGCAGGAACUUCCCAUUUGGACAUUGAAAGUGAAGGGAAAGCUGAGCAAGCUGGCCGAGGGCGACGAGAAAGCAAGGGUCACCAUUGAGGAGUUUCCCAAGGGCGUGUCCAUUCCAUCUGAAAAGGAUCUCAAGAAGCAGCUCGAUGCUUUCAAGGCUGGUAAAGUCGAGGAGGGAAGUACUCAGGCACAGACCACCUCGUCGGACGACAAGACUACAGAUUCUACGAAAACAAGUACUCGCACAGCAGAGAGCCAGGCCACAAUAGGCAACGCUCCACCCGCGAUGUCCACCACUUCACCAUCCACUGGUCCCUCAACAGAAAAGGUUCGGCAUGAGUGGUAUCAGUCUCAUGACUCCGUUGUCGUGACCCUUUAUGUUAAGGGAGUGCCCAAGGACAGCGUUGACACCGAGCUUAAGGAUGAAUCGGCUGCCAUUCAAUUCCCGCUCCCGUCUGGCGCGGACUACGCUUUUACCUUGGAUCCUCUGUUCGCACCGAUUGAUCCAUCCGCAUCAAAGGUUUCCGUGAUGUCAACAAAGAUUGAACUUGUCCUACGCAAAAAGACAGCGGGCCAGAAAUGGGGCGCCUUGGAAGCGUCGUCGUCAAGCGCCAAACUUGCUGAUCGACAAGCGAUUGUAGGAGCAGCCCCCGCAGCCGAAAGCGGGCCUUCCUACCCAACUUCCUCUCGCCGCGGCGCUAAGGAUUGGGAUAAAGUCGCAUCAACACUGACAGCCAAGAAGUCGAAAGGCAAGGAUAAGGAGCGGAACGCGGAAAAAGAUGCAAAAGCUGGUGAGGACAAUGGCGAUGAAUCCGAUGGUGCAGAUUCCAUCGACUCUGACUACGGCACCGGCGAUCCAGUGGAUGCUUUCUUUAAGAAAUUGUAUGCCAACGCGGACCCGGACACCCGUCGGGCCAUGGUGAAGAGUUACGUGGAGAGCCAGGGCACAUCUUUGAGUACCAACUGGAAGGAAGUGAGCCAAGGCAAAGUGGAAGCACGGCCACCCAGUGACUAG